AUGAACGCCUUCGUGGUCAUAGCUCUGCUGCUCCUCUUCCGGGGAUCUUUCGAAGUAUCCGGCGCCUUGCUGGAUGAUAAUUGUGGAACAACAAAGCCUCAUCUGAGGGAUAAGCGGAUGGUUGGGGGAGAAGAUGCUGGUAUAUUAUCAAACCCAUGGAUGGUUCUCUUGGUCGGCGAGUCGAUUGCGGGUGGAUCGCUGAUAAACUCACGUUAUGUAAUGACAGCAGCCCAUUGCCUUGCCAUCCCGUUUAAAAAGAACGAUAUAGCUCUGAUUCGAAUGGCAAGAGUGGUGGCAUUUUCAGAUUACAUAAGGCCCAUCUGCCUGCUGGUGAAUCAGCAACUAGAGCAACAAAUUUCAGUAUUCAAGGUCACCGGCUGGGGUAAAACUAAUAACAAUCCAAACAGCAGUAUACUACAGUCAGCCACUGUAGAUCGUCUGGAUGUCCAGAAGUGCCGAGAAAUAUUUGAAUCGCCAAAUGAUAACACCCAGAUAUGUGCCGGGAGCUGGGACAGUGACCCUUGCAUUGGAGACUCCGGAGGUCCCUUGAGUGCAAAGCUAACUUAUGGUAACACUGUUCGGAUUUUCCAGUUUGGCAUUGUCAGCUAUGGGACUUUGACCUGCGACGGCCCUAGUUUCUAUACAGAUGUCAUGGCGUACAUGAACUGGAUUGUGAAUAGCUCCCCUUGUUGCAAGGCUACGACUGUGAUUGUGACCUCCAACCCCACCUAA